ACUUCAUCCUGGAACAUGAGUCAUCUCUUUUCUUCCUGAAUUUUUUAGUAAUGGGCGGUCGAGAAGUUUCUGCUGAUAGGAAUUCUUUCUCAUAGUACAUCAGCCAUUUCCAGAAUUAUUAGCAAGUUAACUUGAUUGACGUUAUAUUUUUGGAAGUUUUACAGAACGUGUGCUAAGAAAUGAAUCUCAGAGCAGUCCUGUUCUUAGCUCUUCCACAAUGUUUUUUAAUUUCAAAGUGGUUUACAGGUGAAGUUCCUAUCACCAUCAAUGUUGAUCCUUCAGUAGUAUGUGUUGGUGAGCAAGUGACUCUGUCCUGCCAGUUGACACACAGUCUCCCCUCCAACACAGGCUUGAUUUGGUACAAAAAGGAAAAGGAAAGGGAUACUCCACUGUGCUCUUCCCCCAGCCUGGGUGGGGUGGUGGAGCAGUACCAGGAUGAAGAAUGGUGCAGGAUUAAGGGGCGCUGGGAAAGAAGAUCACUUCUUCUGAUUAUCCAGCAAGUGCAAGUAACCGAUGAAGGGGAAUAUGUUUGUGCUGUGAGUGGCAGUGCUGGCUCACAAGAGGCUGUUACUCACCUUGAUGUUACAGCACUUGGAAAUAAGCCAACUUUGGAAAGGGAUCUGCAGGAGGAAGGCAUGUGUCGCUACACAUGUAAGUCAAAAGGAUGGAAUCCAAAGCCUGAAGUACUUUGGACAAACUAUGGAGGAGGCAAUAAAAACGUGGAGGCCGAGACCUAUGUAACAUGGAAUGAGAGAGAUCUUUUUGCAUUGCAAAGCAUCAUGACAGUGCCUUGUGAUGAUACAGAUGUGAAAUGCGUAGUCACACUCGUCAAAGAAAAGAUAAGCCGAACUGGCUCCCUGAAUGGAAUGAUUCUGAAAAAGCCAAACACUUGUAUGUACAAAAGCCAAAUGAGAGGUUCCUUUGUAAAGCCCAAAGCCAUGUGGGUUAAUCCCCAAGGAGAAGAUCUAUCUUCACUGGCCCAGACAAGCAUUCUACAGGAGAAGGACAGUGUUUUUGCAACAGAAAGUUCCAUUGAGAUACCCUGUGGACAACCAUCUCAUUCUUUCUUUACCACUAAUGUGGAAUCCAGUCUACACGUAGCUCAACAGUCAGAAAACUGUGACUGGUUCUGGAUUCUUUACUUCUUUUGCCUCCUCCUCCUUAUUUUAAUAGCAUUUGUACUACAGAUUUUCAAGUAUAUCAUCUGGAACCCAUUCAUUGAUACAAAGGAGCUGCAGGAGCAAGGCAGGGUGCAUAAGGAUGUGGAGAAGGGUGCUAGCUCUGCAGCUCCUCAGCAGGCAGUUCCAGACAGAAGGAAGAAGACUGUCCAUGCAGGAAAUACUGUGGAGGGCAACACCACGAGGGCCCUAGAAUCCAUGCGGGAGGAAGUGGAGAGCGUACUGAGUGAGAAGCUGGCUGUUUUGCAGAGCCAACUGAAAGUUUCACAGCAUGAAGCUCCACAUCUGGGUGAAUUGGCCAACAUCCAGACUUCCCUCCAGGCAAUCUCUGAAAAAAUGCAGUCUCUGUUGACAUCUUUCCAGAAUGUGGAGGCAUCUAGAAAGCAAGAUCUUGAGAUCCUCAGAGCAGAGAUGGAGGGACAAAUAAGUAAAGAUUUGGAGGCAGUCAAGAAGUCCUGGACUGAGGAGAAUCUGCUGGAGAUCGACAAUAAACUAGGAAGGACCAUGGACAGAAACACCGCAAGGGUGCUGGAAUCCAUGCAGGAGGAGGUGGAGAGGAUUCUGACGGAGAAGCUGGCUGUGUUGCAGAGCCAACUGGAAGUCUCACAGCAUGCAGCCCCACCUCCGGAGGAAGUGGCCAACAACCAGGCUUCCCUCCAGGCCAUCUCCGAAAAAAUGCAAUCUCUGAUCACAGUUUUGCAGAACGUGGAGGCAUCUAGAAAGCAAGACCUUGAGAUCCUCAGAGCAGAGAUGGAGGGCAAAAUAAGCAAUGAUUUGGAGGCAGCAAAGAGGUCGUGGUCUGAGGAGACCCUGCUGGAGAUCGACAAUAAACUAGGAAGGACCAUGGACAGAGAAACCAUGAGGUUUCUCGAAUCCAUGCGGGAGGAGUUGGAGAGAAUUCUGAUUGAGAAGAUGGCCGUGUUGCAGAGCCAACUGGAAGUCUCACAGCGUGCAGCCUCACCUCUGGAGGAACUGGCCAACACCCAGACUUCCCUCCAGGCAAUCUCUGAAAACAUGCAAUCUCUGAUCACAGUUUUGCAGAACGUGGAAGUAUCUAGAAAGCAAGACUUCGAGAUCCUCAGAGCAGAGAUGCAGGGUGGAAUAAGCAAAGAUUUGGAGGCAGAAAAGAGGUCCUGGUCUGAGGAGAAGCAGAUGGAGAUCAACAAGAAACGAGUUAACGCUCAGAGGAAGAAUGAGGAGCUGCAGGCACAAGGCAGAGCACAGGAGGAUGCGGAGAAGGAGUCCCUGAAGAAGGAGAAUGAAUUGCUGCGUGUACAACGGUACAAAGUUGAUGUCACCCUUGAUGCUGACACGGCUCAUCCGAGGCUGCAAGUGUCAGAAGAUGGGAAGAGUGUGAUUGACACUGGUGCAAUCAGAAGGGUGCCCAGCAAGAAGGAGAGAUUUGAUUCCCACGCUUUUGUGUUGGCAAAGGAAGCUUAUGCAUCUGGGAGACUCUACUGGGAAGUGGAUGUUGGAAAGAGGAGAAACUGGAUCUUGGGUGUUGCCCAGAAGACUGUGACACGCAAAGGAAAGGUUGUUCUGUCUCCUCAGAAUGGCUUCUGGGCCAUAGGGUUGGCAGAUGGGCAAGACUAUUGGGCUUACACGGAUCCUUGGACCCGUUUGACUGUGGGUGGUAGACCACAAAAGAUUGGGAUCUUCCUGGAUAUCUUAGCCAAGAAGCUGUUAUUUUACAAUGUCCACCAGAAAAAUGCUUUGUAUAUUUUUUCCUUUGAUAAUGACUGCAGCCAGGAAGUGAAGCUCUUUCCUUUCUUCUCAACAGGUUCUGCUGCAACAAAGGUUGACACUGAGCCUCUACAAAUAGCACAGGGGUUUGAUGAUGAUGAUAAGUGAAGGGACAAAGUGAGAAUAUACAGCUAAUGUAUGGCUGAAAUCCAGGGCCAUAGGUCCGACUACACUGUAUUUAACCCCGUGCUUUUUGCCUCCAAAUUAAAACCAAACAGCUAAUUCAUAAAAGAUGCUUUUACCACUACUUUCUAAGCUUUCUGUGAGCCAGUUCUCUAGGAAGACCUGGACUUCAGGCCACAAAGUCACUUGUUAGAGACAACCUCCAGGUAUUCUAAGAACCUGCAGAAACAAAUGAAUUCUCAGCCCAGGAAAUUAAAAGUAUUAUUCUCUUUAUA